AUGCUGCUCAACAGAACCACCUAUGUUUCUGGGGUCAAAUUCUUGCAAAUGAUGUCUCUACUCAACGAGCUGGACUUGUCCAAACACCUACUUUGUGAAAAUCUACUCAAAUAUCUCAGCUCUAAUAAGCCACUCUCUACAGACGUGUCGUUGUACGUCAAAGGCAUUACAAUGGUGUUACUGAACAAACCUUCGGAUCAACUCACAGAAACGGCACUAAAAGUGGUUUGUAAGCUUGCCCGACCGGAACGUCUCACCAAUGAUUUCUCUACAGAAUGUCAAGAACUCAUUUCUUGGAUUGUACGCCUCGAAUAUGGUUAUGGUGGCAAGGUUGUGACGAUAAUAAAUUCGCUUUGGAAUAUUGUUCCCGCUGCUGUUGAAACGAUAAUUUUGAAUAAAGGGCAGCAGGUGUCACUGUAUGUCGCUAAAGAGAUUUUCCCAAGACUUGUUUCGGGGAAAGUGAAAUUGUCGUCGAAAACUGCCAUCUCUCAAGUGGUUGAAAUGUUAAUGGUGGUUCUGCUGGAUAUGCGGUUAAAACCAAUUGAAGUGUUGGAGAGAUAUGACGAUAGAUUGCUGCCAGAAGUGGCAAAGGCGUUACGUGACGCUUUAUUGUCGAUCACAAAGCUGGCUGUGAUUGUCACUCAAGUCGAUACAUCAAAAGAAUCACCAACAAAAGCUACAGCUUUAGAGAUGGUAUUGAAGCCAGAGCCGGUAUCUCCCAAUCAUGUUACAUGUUAUGAACCUCACCUUAAUCAGUUUGAUGUGACUUCAACGAAUGUAUCUUCACCUUCCACCCCAUUAAAAGCUGGAACAAAUAAGGAGGUGCCUCAUGAAUCACUGUCUUUUGAUGUGCAUGCUGAGCUCCCUGAUAAUUCAUCGCAAGAGAGUUCAACUUCGUCAGACUCCUCUUUUCAUGAUUCCGAAUAUACUCCAACGCAAUUGGUGCUCCCCCUCUAUAAGCUGUCAUCGCGUCUGAAACAAUCAAAAGGCACGAUUAAAGGUGUUCGAAGAAGUAAUCGUUUGCUUAAUCGGAAGUUGAAGAAGAAACGAUUCACUAAGUUUACCUUUCAACGAUACGUUAAGCGCUACCGGAGAGUCUACAAUAGAGGAUGUCUAGAGCCUUGCUACCACAUUGGGGCCAAGAAUGUUUACAUUAUCGUGGAUGAUUGUUCAUCGGUCGAUCCCAUCAAUGAUAAUCCAGAUAACUCAAGGCUGCUCCCGAUACUGAGGGUAUCACAGACGCUCAUGAUACUGCUGUCGACACGUAGAAUGGGUAUAGACUAA